AUGGGUUUGGGCAUUCUAGACGACCGCCAUAUGGCAGCCCCUCCGGGUACAUCUACCAUCAACGACCCAGGGCCGGAGAUUGACUCCAAGGUGGAUACGAGCCAUUUCAAGCGUGACGGCGACACCAUCCUACAACCACAGCCAUCUGAUAGCCCCAACGAUCCGUUAAACUGGUCACCUCUCAGGAAGGAAUGUCUCAUGUGGUUUCUUGCUUUCAGUUCGGGAGUCACAACAUCUCUCGGCCCAAUGGUGUCACCAGCUCUCCCACUCCUCGCCGAAAAGUACAAAGUCAGCAUCGACAUGGUGGCAAGUCUGCUCAUUGGAUUCGUCGCCUUCUGGAUCGGCUUCACGACUUUCUUCACGGCAGCUGGAGCAAAUGUCUGGGGCAAGCGUCCGUUCUUCGUUAUCUCGACAGCCGUACUGCUCGGUACCUGUGUGUGGGGGUUCUUCACUGGGUCAUUCGUUUCUCUAGCCGUUAUGCGUGUUGUCCAGGGUAUCGCAUCAGCUCCUCUCGAGACCCUCGUCACUUCCACCGUUUCAGAUAUGUACUUUGUUCAUCAGCGUGGUGCUCGUAUUGCAGUAUGGGGGUGCAUGUUGGCCAGCGGUGUUCUUCUCGGUCAAACUAUCUCAGGAGCGAUCAUCCAGAACAUCUCCUUCGAGGCAACCUUUGGUGUUGCAGCCAUCGUUUUCGUCCCCAUCAUGUUCGGCAUGUAUUUUUUCGCCCUCGAAACUAGCUACUACAGCGAGCGCCCCAGUGGCGAGAAAAAGGUUGCCGGCGACGAGAAGCGCACUUCUUUCAUGGAAAUCGAGGAAGACAGAGUGACCUAUGCUAGCCAACUAGCCCUUUUCCGCGGUCGCUUGUCGAAAGAGUCUUUCUGGAAGAACGUUUGGAAGCCAGUCCCGCUCAUCGCCUUCCCAGCCGUGCUAUUCAGUACUAUCGUCUACUCAACUGGCUUCUGCUGGCUCCUCACCUUCUCCGUUCUCUCCGUGAACGUCUUCUCCGCACCUCCCUACAAGCUAAACCCGCUUCAAAUCGGCCUCACCAACCUUCCCCUCCUCGGCGUCGCGCUCAUCUCCUCACCUCUCUCUGGCUGGUCCGCCGACGCAAUCGCAAAAUUUAUGGCCCGCCGCAACAAAGGUGUCUUUGAGCCUGAAUUCCGCCUCGCCCUCAUGAUCCCCGCUACUGUUUUCUCCACCGUCGGCUUCCUCGGCUUCGGCAUGUGCGUUGAGCAGGGCCUCCCCCUCGCCUGGCCUAUGACAUUUAUGGCUAUCCACUCGCUGUCUGUUCCGUUUGCUUCGACAGCUAGUUUGACCUAUGUCAUUGAUUGUCAUCCCAGAGACGCCAAUCAGGCGUUUGUCACGAUCAACUUUACAAAAGCUGUGCUGACUUUCAUCGCUACUACGUAUGCCAGUGGUAUUCUAAUAAAUUAUGGGCCGACGGCGACAUUUAAUGGCAUUAUGAUGAUGAAUUUGGGUAUUAGUGCGUUUACGAUCCCAGCGUACAUUUUUGGAAAGCGGUUUAGGAGUCUUGUUGCUAGAAGUGCGUUUGCGCAGAAGUUGUCGGGUUAG